AAUUGUAUAAAAUGAAAUUAAAUAUUCUUAAAUGUUUUUAUUGUUGUUGUACAUGCUGGAAAAAAAGAAAUACGUUUGAUUUAGAACGUCGUGAAUUGAAUAUUCUUCUAUUGGGAAUGAAAAGCGUUGGAAAAACGGAAGUUGGUUAUAUCCUCGCUGGAAAGAAGAGAACCAUAUAUGAAACGACAAAUGGCGUUCAAUGCUAUAAAACUAGAUUACCAAAGUGUUCAUUGGCCAUUACAGAAGUAGGUGGCAAUAGACAAAGUGAAAAACUAUGGCAUCAUUAUUAUUCCAGAACUAUGGGACUGAUAUAUUGUUACGAUAUGUCCAUUGACGAUCAACAAUUACAAACAUCAUUCCAACUCCUAAAUAAAAUUGUGUCUCAUCAAUUUAUGCGUGGCAAAGUUAUGCUUUUGGUUGGCACAAAAUCCGAUUUAGUUAAUGACACUAUUCAAUUGUAUGAUAUUGAAAAUAGAUUUGCACUCGAGAAUCUUGCAAAUAAAUAUUUUAUGAAAAUUAAAACAAUACAUUUCAAUCCCAAUAAACUGGAAAGCCUUUGGAACGGCAUUGAAUGGUUAGCUAAUAAUAUAAACAUUAAUUAUUCAAACUUAAAAAAUCGAAUAGAGAAUGAUAAUGAUAUCGAAAAAACAUUAAAAAAACAGCAACAAAAAUCAAUAAAAUUUUCAAAUCGAAGAGCAAAAACUGCUCCAGCAAGCAUCAAUUCAUCGCAACAUAGAAGGUCUUCUCUUAUUUUUCCUUGGAAUAUGCACCAUACAAAUGUUUUUUGA